GGGGGGGCAUUCAAAACAUUUUAACAGCCGCAAGGGAGAGAGGCAGGGGGCGAACAAUAAGUGCCCGGACCGCUGGAGCGAGUUUACAUUAAUGUACACGAAUGUCAUUUCACGUUAAACAGUGAGACACCGGCUGCCAUCCUGUGUCGCCCCCCUCCCUUCCUCCUGGUGCCUCCCGGCUUCGGUGCCAGCGGACCAGCGGGACUCUCCCGGCGGGUAGCCUGGCACACGACGCGGCUAGCCCCCGGUGCGUUAAAACACCGCAUCCUAUCCAGUUUAAUGCUUAUCCAGGGGCGGGCUGUAGUGUGCGGGACAAGCCUCGGCAAUGUGGAGUUAAGAAGUUUACCCUUUGGUGGUGUGCGCAGGCGCACCAUGGCCCAGACCCUCCAGAUGGCGAUUCCAAACUUUGGCAACAAUGUUUUAGAGUGUCUGAACGAGCAGCGACUGCAGGGCCUCUACUGCGAUGUGUCUGUGGUGGUCAAGGGCCACGCUUUUAAGGCUCAUCGGGCUGUUCUGGCUGCCAGCAGUUCUUAUUUCCGGGACCUUUUCAGCAGCAAUGGUGGAGGUGGCAGCAGCAAUGACACCAGCCCCAAUGUAGUGGAGCUUCCGCCGGCUGUGCAGCCCCAGAGCUUCCAGCAGAUUUUGUCUUUCUGCUACACAGGCCGUCUCAGCAUGACGGUGGGGGACCAGUUUCUCCUCAUGUAUACUGCCGGAUUCCUGCAGAUCCAACAGAUCAUGGAAAAAGGCACUGAAUUCUUUCUCAAGGUCUCCUCCCCCAGCUGUGACUCCCAGGGCCUUCAUGCAGAGGAGGCCCCACCUUCUGAGCCCCAGAGUCCUGUAACACAAACCAGUAACAGUGCAGCCCGGCCUGCCUCCUGCCUGACGCCGCUCCCUCUGGUAUCACGAGUGAAGACAGAGCAACCUGCUAGCCAGCCGGAAGCAGCCACUCCCUAUUCAGUGGUCUGCACCCCUGUAGCCAAGCGGCUGUGGGAGGGUGGCAGUAGCCGGGAUGGAGGUGGGGUAGGUUCAGGAGGAGGGGGUGGGGCCAGGAAGGCUGCCCGUUAUUCCCAGGAGGCGGUGCGGGGCAGCGCCAUCCAAAGCCCUGGAGCCCUCGGACUGGCCAUGGGAAUGGGAGCCACUGCAACCAGUCUGGCAGGCAUGGUGACCAGUGGCGGGGUUAGCGGCAGUACCAGCACCAACGGAAGCUCUGCAGCAGGACUCGGCAUGUCAGAGGGCGCCAGCCCAGGAACCUUGAGUACCUACACCAGUGACUCACCCAUCAGCUACCACGAUGAUGAAGAGGAGGAGGAGGGAACAGAUGAAUGUGCUGAAGAGCAGUACAGGCAAAUCUGCAAUAUGUAUACCAUGUACAGCAUGCUCAACAUGGGAGCUGCAGCUGCUGGUGAGCGUGUUGACGCUCUACCAGACCACACAGAGACACGGGGUCGGAUGCGAGGUAGAGAUCUUACUUGUCUCCCUGCAGAACUCAUCGCUCAGAUAGGCAACCGCUGUCACCCCAAACUGUACGAGGAAGGAGACCCCGCUGAGAAGCUAGAGUUAGUCUCAGGUACUUCAGUGUAUAUAUCGCGAGCCCAGCUAAUGAACUGUCAUGUGAGUGCCGGGACCAGACACAAAGUGCUGCUGAGGAGGCUGCUGGCCGCCUUCUUUGACAGGAAUACUCUGGCCAAUAGCUGUGGAACAGGCAUCCGCUCGUCCACCAACGACCCGAGCCGCAAGCCCCUGGACAACAGAGUGCUGCACGCUGUCAAAUUUUAUUGCCAGAACUUUGCCACCAGCUUCAAAGAGAGUGAGAUGAAUGCCAUUGCAGCCGACAUGUGCACCAACGCCCGGCGUGUGGUCCGUAAGAGCUGGAUCCCGAAGCUUAAGCUGCUGAUGGCAGAGAGUGACGCCUACUCCGCUUUCCUCCCCGACAAUGUCAAGACGGAGGACGACACCCUGGGAGUGGAUCAAGCAUUUGACCCCUCCUCCCUGGAGGCCACCGGCGGUGCUGGCAUGGAGUCAGGUGAAUCACUACCAGGUGUGGGGGGGGACGGAGGACCUUUGUUUUGAACACUGUGUCUGGGGAAGGUUGAAAUUUGUUGACACAUACCAGUACUCCCCAGUUCUGCUUGCCUCCUCACUCUUUGGCCCACACUGAUAUCUCACAUUUGACUGUCUAUGCUACACUGCUGGGGUUGUUGAUACCCUGAUGUAACCAGGACAUGAAAACUUAAAAUCUUUGCUUUAUGACUGUACAAUGGAGCUAGUUGAAUGGGAGAGAGUUAGUUUCAACCUAACCGCCCUCUGCCUCCCCUUGUCUUUUUAAGGUGUGUAAGCGCAUCCACUGUUGCAUAUGAAAUACAUUCCCUGACGUGCGGGUGAUGGGGGAAGUUACCAGUGCAGCCCGGGGGGAGGAGAAAGGGGGUUUGGCUGAUAGACAGAUUAGGAGAAGAGGUGGCGAGUAUAUUGAAUGUAAGUGUCAGUGGCAUUUUUCUCUAUUCAAGCCUGACACCUUGUAUUCCAGCCUCGGGAAAGAAAAGAAAAUCUGAAAUAGAAAUGUUGUUAAAAUAAAUGAACACUACACGUUCUUCCUCCUCCUCCAUCUUCCACUCAUCACCCUGCAAGUAUCCUUCACCCCCACCUCACCUCUCUUGAGACCAGAGAAUCUCACCUGAGUGUUUCACUGUGCGGUAUCUUAUAGAAAUAAAUCUCAUCUUUCUGUUUUCUAAUUCUCAGCAGAUAAAGUCAAAUUUUUGUUUGUCUAUAAACUGAAAAGUGAUCCAGAGAGAAGGGAAAAGCUUUACUGAGAUGACUGUAAAGAAAACUGAAGGGCAACAGGUAAUCAAAGACGGUCAUAUUUUUAGAAGACAAACUAUAUUUAUACGAGUGCCCACGCCUAGGAUGGUGUGAGCAAAGAGAGUGAGAGGGAUUGUUUUAAAAUCUCGAUCUUCAUGUUUUAUUGAAAAGAGGUCUUGUCGAACAAGGAGAAGUGCUAUUUUUGCAGAAAAAAGGAGCAUAAUAAAGUCUUAUCAUAGGUCCCAUAGUCAUUUAUUUUUAUCUUUAUUUUACUGUGUGGAGUGAUGGAAUGAGCAGUUGAACUGCUAAAUUUGAAGCAUUUCAUCUUCUCUUCACAAGCUUAAAAGGAAUAAGACUGAUUCAGCUGGCUCGACUGUUUGUCUGUGAUAACCAUUUCUUGUUAGGUUAUGAACCUGCAGCGUUUACUUGUAGAAAAUAUAAAGGUUAUAUUGAUCUGACAACUCAGCUAGUUUCUUCUAUGUAAGAACGGUAUUGAAAAGAAAAAAAACCUGCUGACAUUUUGUGGAAAUGCAAAAGUCACAGGAAAUAAUUGUGGAAUAUUGGAAUGUGCCUUUAAAUUGAAAUCAAUAAGAAGAAUGCUGGUGGGUUUGGUGACGUCAAUAGAGAUAUUGCUUGAAGAAAAUAGGUGCGAUGGUACUGUUCGUGUGUGUGUGUGUGUGUGAGAAAUUGCUCUCUGCCAAUUCUGGCAUGUGGUUUAUUAACGUAUAUGCACCACCUCUUUAAUAUGGAAAUUCAAAAUGGCUGACAGUUUUGUUUUAGAGUUUGAGAUGAUUUUGCACCUUCCAUGAGAGGAAGGGGGGGGGGGGUUCCGCACCUUAAUGACAAGAACCAGUGGUUCAUGCACCUUUUGGAGAAAUGUUGUGUAGCAAUUGAAUCCUUUUAGGUGGAAUUUGUCAUUUUUUCCAUGUCUACCUGUGUUUUUUUUGUUUUUUUUUUUUUGUGGCACAAAGUCCUACUGUAAAUAAUCAAGACGACUGUUGAGUUGAAUCCCAAGUGUUCCUCCUCUCUGUUGCUUCAUGUGUCUGAUUGCGAAGCGACAAAAAGCCGAGCUAUUUUUUAUGUGAACGUAAGUGUUGAAUGCAUGUUGACGAGUAGAAUGAAGAUCAGUACGGGGGUAACGUUAUUCCUGUUGCAGGUGGAUAUACGUCUGAGUUAGGAAUGUGCUCUCAUCCUGAAAUGCUCACACAGAUGACUGAUUACUUUCUCCCUCUGGAAAGGCAUUUUUAAAAAAAGGUUCUAUUUUUCUGAAGACUGGUACAGUGUAAAAACUGGGAAGGAAUUUAUGCUUCUUACUCAAGGCAGUUGAGUCCAUCUUAUUAGAAUAAAUAACUUAAAGCAUGUCAACCUGUUUUCAUUAUUGUUUAAAGUUAUAAGAAUGAGUUUGCUUCGGUGCUUUGACGGGGAGAUAUAUAUGAAAAGAACAAAAAUGCAGUACCUUAUAAGUAUAAUAAAGUAUAAUGACAAUAAAACCUCACAUUUGCAUUUGACUGUAGAUGCCAAAUGAGCACCCCUCCCCCACUUACCUCCUCAGUAUCGUUGAAGACUGUUGCGCUUCCUGUCCCUCGUGCAGCUGGUGUCAUGGUUCACUUCCACAAGUUUAUUCAUGUGUGUCUGAGAGAGGCAAAGCAGUGGUUUCAUGUAGUUAAAUCUGAUUUGUAAUAGAUGUACGUUUGAUUUGCUUAGUUUCAGGUGUUUUUUUUUGUAUCAGGACCCAAAUUCUACAGUUCAACACAUUUUUAAUUUUGACAGUACUGUUAACGUUAGGUCUGAAGAUUUUCAUAAAGCUGAAAACCUCAACACACUUUUUAAAAAUCAAUCAUUUGUAAUGGGAGGGACAAGUAUUCAGUGUAGGGAGAUUUGGGACAAUUCCAUAUAAUUCUAUGACAAAUGUAACUUCUGAAUAUCUCAUGAUAUUUCAACAUCUAUCCAAUUUGUUUAUGUUUCUGCUAAAUGAUGAUAAUGAUGAGGUAGAAAAAAAAGCCAAAUUAUUGUUUAAAUUGCCAUAAUUACAGGAUUGUGUGUGAUUGUGUGUCCCAGAAGGGUGAAUCAGUGAUUGACACCCAUAGAAUGAGUGUCUCCGAUAGAAAAAAGAUGAAAAUAAUAAAUAAGGUUUUUGAAGCAAUUUAGAGCAAGAAGCAAUAAGGGCUUAAAUGAGCUUCUGACUGUAACCGUCAACUCUGUUCUGACUAAAGCUGAAAUCUCACCAGUGAACUUAUUAAAUAUAAGGAAGCCAUAUUAGUCUGCACUCACGAAACAGUGGCCCAGUCCAAAUACAAAGACCUUUGAUAGAGUCAGAAUAUCCUGCUGUUGUGCCUCACAAGCAAAGCUUCCCAACACUGCUUUAGACACUCUGUGGAGAUCAGUUGGUAAAUAAGUAGUAAAAACUAUGGUUACGGUACAUGUCAGGGGUUCUACCUACUGUAAGCCUUCAGGGCCAAUUCUAUUUCUUUUGACUCAGUAAGAGUCCAUCACUCACAACCCACUCGCACAGCUCUUUAUCUGCAGUAGGUGUGCCAGUGUGGUUGUGUUUUACUUUGUGUGCGUUCGAAGCAAAAUGUAAUUUCUGUACCUUUCUGCAUUUGUGUUUACACUUCACAAAACAUGUAGACCUACACACUUGAAUGGAUAAGGUGUGGCACGGCAUGGGGAACUUUUUGUCACUAAACAGUACAUAUAUAAAUAUGAUUAUAUACAUGUAUAGAUAAAUAUUGUAUAUUAUAUAUAGACGCACACAUAGAGGUCAGAUUGUUUGUUGUGCACUCACAGCAUGAGGUAUAUAUUUACCUAGAAACAGCGCUUCAUCACAACCUGUGCAGUAACUGGUCUGCCCAUGUCUCUGCCCCUGCGCCUUGCCCUCUGUAACCCUGUAGCUCCAGUUGACCUCCUGUACUGCUCAUCCUAUUCUGUGUUCCAAGUGCCAAUAACUUUGUGAAAGCCCUGUAACUGUGACCCAACAUUAUCAAAGGUAAUUGCACAUUAACUGACUGUAAAAUAAAUACAAAUCAUAGAUAAAAUGUCAAAAUGAAUUAAAUAAUGAAUAUCUUAAUAAAAGAUUUGUAACAAUUUC